AUGGCCACGGCACCAGCAUCAGCACCAGUAUCAGCAUCAGCUUCGUUAAGCUCUAGCUGUAGCUCAAGCUCAAACCGAAGCGAGAUGAGUUAUUACGACCUAGACGACAUUUUGGCCGACUCAGAAAAGCUUCCGUGUCUGUUCAACCACACCAUACCAGGACUAGGCUAUCUAGAAGGCAACCCAGGCAAAUCAAUCAAACAAGGCACCAAGAUUGAGCUACCGAUCUGGCUAUGUGGCGUGCUAGCAGUGAUAGACACCCACUCCAGCAACGACCCAACUGUAUCUUCAACUACCCGAGACGAGGCACGGUUCGUAUCGCUAGUUGACCCCGAGGCCAUCAAUGAAAAAGUCCAAAAUGCCAUGAAAUCAGAUGCCAAGAGCCUAGACCUCCACAAAUUGAGUCCCCAAUACUACAAACUAAUCGAACGAUGGUGCAACUUAUUCUAUGAACCGCAACUUGUAGAGUUGAUCAUGGAGUCCUUGAAGAAACGAAGUUUUGAAAUCAAUAAUUUCGCCAGUAACGUUUACGCCAAACAUUUCAACAAUGACUUUAUUUAUACUUUGGAUGAGUUUGAAAAGAAAUUGUUCAAGGAGACGAGUGAGAGUAACAGAUUGAUGAGGCAAUGGUUGAGAGAGUAA